CAGUGUGUCGCCUCCCCUCCCUGCGUAGGCUCAGAGCAGCGCCUUGGGGGGUGACGGCCAGGGAGUUCCGGAGCCUCCCCGGGGGGCGGAGCGCAGAUGGCAGGCGGAAGGAGGAGCCACGGGCCCCCGACGGGGCCUCGUGCCUCAGAGCCCUGGCCCAGGGGCACCGUCAUGCUUUUAAACUGUUGAGUUCUCCACUCCCUUCGUGGUGUCCCUGGGCACAGCGUGAAGUAGCCAUAUUUCAUCAAUUCUGAUACCUAGGUUCUUUUCACGUUUUUAACAUUGAUGAAAUUGAGUAAAACUUGAAAUUUUAGUCUUGUAGUUGGCCUGGCGCUGCACGCCAUGGAUGGUGCUGUAAAUGUGAGGGAGGUGCCCCACCUGCGUGGCGGCCAGGCCUGUGGUCCAGGAAACGCCGCUGUGGACAGGCCGGCCACAGGAAGACCGGCCCCGUGGCCCGCAGAGGGCCCCUGGCCCAGAGCUGCCGCCGGGUGUGGAGGCCUGCUGGGGUGCUCGUAGGCGAGGGCUGGGUGGCGCCCACACUCAGAAGGGCAGCCGGGGCUGUGCAGGAGGGCCCCGCUGCAGUGAUGCUGGGCCUGUGCGUGCCUGUGCCGUGCCUUUGCCGUGCCCGCCCGCGGCUCUCCUGCACUAGGUGCACGCGGGGUGCUCGGGUGGCGGGCGCACAGGAUGGAGCCGCAGGGCCGCAGCUUCAUGACCCCCAGGGUGGGGUCGUGGGAGGGCAGCCAAGGAGGCGUGCAGGGUGGGACGGUCAUCGUGAGGCCUCUGGGGUCCGUGGGGUCGCCCUGUUCCUAGGGCGUCGGGACCAGAAAGCUGUGUGACAUGUUCAGACGGGGCUUGUGGAACCCUGACUGGAAGCAUGCUGGGUGACCUGUCUCCCUGUGCUGCCGCUCCCGUGCCCAGGACUCACGGUGGUGUGGAGGGUCUGUUAGUGACGCUGACACAGGGCUGUAGCCACCCAGCGUAGCCACUCCCACAGACUGCCCAGCGUAACGGAGGGGAGCGGGGUGGGGCCCUGCGGGGUGCCCUUUCUCCUGCCCCAGCCUGUCCCCAGUGCUGCCACCCGCCCGAGCACUCUGUCCUCUCAGGACCCCAUACCUGCGCACCCCGUGGGCCCCCUACAGGCCUGUGUUUGGAAGGCCCCACCUGGGUUUAGUUCCAGGCUGCUUUCAGGUGUUGGGCUGGAACAGAGCAGUGGGGCUGGGGGUCCGGGAAGCGUGAGAGAAGGAGCUGCUCUUGUUUACGACAGGGUGAGGGCAGGCCACUGGUGGGGCAACCACCUUGACCUAGCAGUCAGUGCAGGCCUGCGUCUGAGCUCCAGUCACCUCUCGAGAGGUUCAGAGUGGGCUCCGGGUGUCUCAACUCAGCGGGGUGAGAGUGCGGACGGCCGCUCUUCUUAAGUUCUGUGUUCCUCUCACGUCACUGGAGGUCGGGAAAGGGGGCCGGCUAAGGGAGUGUCAGGUCGCCUGUGUUCCCACCAGGCACGGACGUGUUGGAGGGCUCGCCCGGCCAUCCCAGACCGCAUGGGCCGACACCGCUUCCUCUAGGGGGCGCAGGCGUGCGGCCAGCACCUCCCUGGUGUAACGUGAGGGCAAUCUUUCUGUGCUCAUUUCCCCGGUAAUUUUGCUCAGAGAAGAUUAAAUCGAGAGAUUUCCUCCUGGUCUUUUUUUAGGCACUCCCUUUGGUUUUUAAUUACAAAAAGGAUAUGGUCAUUAGUAUUUUAUUUUGACUUUACAGUUCCUUCUUUUCUGCUAAAUGUCAGCGAUGUUGGACCUUUUCUUGUCUCAUGUGGACGCUGUGGUGCACAAUUGUGCAGUGGCCCUUGCUCUCAUCCUCGUGAGCUCUUUCCCUGGCCCCACUUCUGUGUGGGUGUCCUGUUCCCCGCAAAGCCCGCCCUGCCCUCGGCUGCCCGUCCCGGAGGUGCCGUGUCAGUAAACGCCCCUGCCACCUGAGCGAGCAGCCCCGUGAACACAAGAGCAGCCGGGGCCGGGCUGAGCAGAGGCACCCCGACCCCCUGCUCCCAGGGCCCCUCCCGUGCUCUCCUCCAGCCCCGCACCCUCCACAGCUCACCCUGUGUGGUGGCCAGCAGGCCACCGAUGGAGGCAGCUCGUUCAAGUGCCGGUGUAACCUUCUCUUCCCCAAGAAACUGGCAGCCGUGGUGUAGUAGCAGCCAGGAGGAGCAGCUUGGGCAUUACCUGCACAGAACUGUCACUCACCUGUGAAUGGAGGUCCCAAUAUUGAAGCCCAUGGACCUCAUGGUAGAAGCAAGUCCACGACGAAUUUUUGCAAAUGCUCAUACAUACCACAUAAACUCUAUUUCCGUAAACAGUGAUCAUGAAACGUAUCUUUCUGCAGAUGACCUGAGGAUUAAUCUGUGGCAUCUGGAGAUCACAGAUAGAAGCUUCAACAUCGUGGACAUCAAGCCCGCCAACAUGGAGGAGCUGACGGAGGUGAUCACGGCGGCGGAGCUGCACCCGCUCCAGUGCAACGUGUUCGUGUACAGCAGCAGCAAGGGCACCGUCCGCCUCUGCGACAUGCGCGCCGCCGCCCUGUGCGACCGGCACGCCAAGUUUUUCGAAGAACCUGAGGAUCCGAGCAGUCGGUCUUUCUUCUCAGAGAUCAUCUCCUCCAUCUCCGACGUGAAGUUCAGUCACAGCGGCCGGUACAUGAUGACCCGGGACUACCUGUCGGUGAAGGUCUGGGACCUCAACAUGGAGAGCCGGCCCGUGGAGACCCACCAGGUGCACGAGUACCUGCGGAGCAAGCUGUGCUCUCUGUACGAGAACGACUGCAUCUUCGACAAGUUCGAGUGCUGCUGGAACGGCCCAGACAGCGCGAUCAUGACGGGCUCCUACAACAACUUCUUCCGGAUGUUUGACAGAAACACGCGGAGGGAUGUGACCCUGGAGGCCUCCCGAGAGAGCAGCAGGCCUCGCGCCAGCCUGAAGCCGCGGCGCGUGUGCCCCGGCGGGAAGAGGAGGAAGGACGAGAUCAGCGUGGACAGCCUGGACUUCAACAAGAAGAUCCUGCACACGGCCUGGCACCCCGCCGACAACAUCAUCGCCGUGGCCGCCACCAACAACCUGUACAUAUUUCAGGACAAGGUCAACUAGGAAGGGCGCGGACGGCAUCUCGGCUGCGCGGCUGAGCCGGCGGUGUCUGCCGGGGGAGGGGCGUCCUUCCUGUCGGUGGGGCGCAGGCGUGCACACCCUGUUCCCUGCCCAGACGGGAGCCACGCCACCCGGGACCACAGGAGCCGCGGCACGUGGAGCGCCCUCGGGGCGGGCUGGCGGACAGAGCUCACGGAGGCCAUGACCCACGAUAAACAUAUUUAUUGACAUCUGAGCCGUCCUUCCCAGUUUAUAGACCAGAAGGUGACACCCAGCAGGACAUGCGUCCCACGUCUCCCGUCCCUCUGCUGGCUGGCGGGGCCACCGGCCGAGCAGGCUCAGGCAGCUUGACCCCCACCCACCUGCAUCUCCCAGCGCACCUUCCGGUGCGGCCCCUAAUAAAGGCAACGCACUAUCCAAAAUGUUUUUAUCCAA